CUCCCCGGCUGGGCGCGUCGCCGAGGUGGCGAAGGAAGAGGAGGCGGGAGCCAGCCGCCGCCGCAGCCGCACACGGCUAGGGCGCCCGGAGUGCAGCCUGCGGCUCCCGCCGGGGCAGCCUCUCCAGCCGCGGGGACCCCGCUGUCGGGGCUCCCCCGCUCCCUUUCAAUGAAGACAUUCAAAUGUUGUUUUAAAUACCCCCUGCAGCAGAAAGUAUUCAUCCUGUUUUUAACCCUGUGGCUGUUCUCCUUGCUGAAGCUUCUAAAUGUGGGGAGACUUCUUUUUCCUAAAAGAGGUAUUUACUUGGUUGAAUACUCUCUAAGUACCUCACCUUUUGUAAGAAACAGGUACACCCACAUGAAAAAUGAAGUCGCAUAUGAAAUUAACUGUUCAGGUGUCUAUGAACAGGAACCUUUGGAAAUUGGCAAGAGUCUGGAAAUAAGAAGAAGAGACAUCAUUGACUUAGAAGAUGACGAUGUGGUGGCAAUGACCAGUGAUUGUGACAUUUAUCAGACACUAAGAAAUUACAAUCAAAAGCUUGUUUCAAGGGAGGAAAAGAACUUUCCAAUUGCCUAUUCUUUGGUUGUUCACAAAGAUGCAAUUAUGGUCGAAAGGCUGAUCCAUGCUAUAUACAAUCGGCACAAUAUUUACUGCAUCCAUUAUGACCGUAAGUCACCAAAUAACUUCAAAGUUGCCAUGAACAAUUUAGCUAAGUGCUUCUCCAAUAUUUUCAUUGCUUCCAAAUUAGAGAUUGUGCAAUAUGCCCACAUUUCCAGACUCCAAGCGGAUUUAAAUUGCUUGUCAGACCUUCUCAGGUCUUCAGUUCAAUGGAAAUAUGUAAUCAACCUAUGUGGCCAAGAUUUUCCUUUGAAGUCAAACUUUGAAUUAGUAUCAGAGUUGAAGAAACUCAAUGGAGCAAAUAUGUUAGAGACGGUGAAACCCCCUACAAGUAAAAUGGAAAGGUUCACUUAUCACCAUGAACUCAGACAGGUGCCUUAUGAGUAUGUGAAGCUACCAAUCAGGACAAGCAUCUCCAAGGAAGCCCCACCUCAUAACAUUGAGAUAUUUGUUGGCAGUGCUUAUUUUGUUUUAAGCCGAGCGUUUAUUAAAUAUAUUUUCAACAACUCCCUCGUUCAGGACUUUUUUGCCUGGUCUAAAGAUACAUACUCACCUGAUGAACAUUUUUGGGCCACCUUAAUUAGGGUACCUGGAGUACCUGGGGAGAUUUCUAGGUCAGCCCAGGAUGUGUCUGAUCUGCAGAGUAAGACCCGCCUUGUCAAAUGGAAUUACCAUGAAGGCCUUUUCUACCCGAGUUGUACUGGCUUCCACCUCCGAAGUGUGUGUAUCUAUGGAGCAGCUGAAUUAAGGUGGCUUAUAAAAGAUGGGCAUUGGUUUGCUAAUAAGUUUGAUUCUAAGGUGGACCCUGUCUUGAUUAAAUGCCUGGCAGAAAAGCUUGAAGAACAACAGAGAGAGUGGAUCAUCUUGUCUUCAGAAAAAGUAUUUAUGGAUAAAAAUCCCACAGUCACAUCACUAUAGUAAAAUCAUGAUGGAAAUAAGCUAUAUGAAUUUGAAAUUAUUAAGGAAUCACAUACAAUAUCAGGACAGGUAUCCUUUGAACUUAACUAUCUCAUAGUUUGAAAAGUGUCUAAAAUUUCACGAUGGAAAGUGACCUAGCCUUGAUGAACUGGCUUGCAUUGGUUGGGUUUUCUUCAAUGUUGCUUCUUGUUUGUAGUCUCACUGAGUUAAAUCAGAAAUCUUAGAUAUGCAGCUAGUCAUCCAAUAUUUAUUGAGCUCCUAUUGUGUGCUAGGCACUUUUUUAGAAAUGUGUAGGACAACACCCACCAGGGACUGUGGCUUAUACUAAUUGCACAGCAUCCUUAACGUCUUAAAUUCUCUACUUAUUCAUCAGGACUCUGCUGAGGUUUUGGGCUAGGUGGUGAUUAUAAUCAGAUAACACAUUGCAAGACAGAAUCGAAGUACAAUAACUGUCUCUUAAUUCUGCUCCCUAGACUUCAUUAUUAGAAUAUUAAGAGAAACCCCACUACCUCAGAGGAGCUCAAAGAAAUGUCAAACUUCCUGCUUGCCAAGGCAUAAUUUACUUUUCAGUAUUUCAUUUAUUCAAUUCAGGGUGAGAAGACGCUGGUGGUGAGGUAAUUAGAGUAUGUGAAUGUAACUGGGGGUGAGGGAAGGUGGGCAUUAGGCCAGGUACGGCCUGCACACAUGAUGUUGUAAAGGGUUUUUCUUUUUAAUUCAAUGGUUUCUUUAAAACACGUUAUGUAAUUAAAAUGAAGUACUGAUGAAAAGUUCAGUGUGUUGACAUUCCAGACAUUGAACCUGUCUUCUGGUUCAUAGUAUAUUAUUACAUUUCUUUACAAUGUACAAUGAAAUUAGUAUAAUUUUGUUUUAUGCAAUUAUCAAGCUGAGAAUGACUGAAUUUUCUUGAAAAGUUGUAUGAAAUAAUGCAGUUUUUAAAAUGAACUAUUAUGGCCAUUUAGAAUUUUGCAUACUUCUUCAGCAACUGUCCAAAUAGAAUCCAACUUUAAAAUCUAAAGAUUAAACUUAUUGCCCUUUCUCAGCUUAAAUCCAGAGGGAAAAAGUAAUUUUCCUAAGGGCAUAACAAGAAUGUUCAUUAACAAUAUUUUCUAAAACUGAAAUCUUAGAACUCUACCAACAGAAUCCAAUAUAAAUAUAUUUUUAAUAUAACUGUAUUAUCCUGGAGAUGAAAUGGGGCGGAGAUAGGGUCCUGAAGACAGACUCUAACACUUUUAACAGAUUCUUGGGAAAUUGUGGGACAUGUGUAAAAGUUUCUUCCUGAUGUUCUAUUUCAGUGUCAGCCUCACUAACUACAUAGAGAUAUAGUCAUUGAGGCCCAAGUGAGACUGUUUGGAAGUUUUUAAAUGUUUUUGAAUGUCUGUUUUCUACUUGUGAAAUGCACUUGCUUCUUUUGAAGCUUAUGUGAUGUCAAGGGACACCUCUUCUCGCCCUUUCUUCUCUUGAACUCUUUCUUUCCCUACCCCCUUCUGAAUACUUCAGUUUUCAGAAAGCAACUAUGAUCAAGUCUGUGUUCUUGCAAUUAAGUAAUCGUUGGCUAGGCUAGGUACUCCAGGAGACCCUCGCCAGUUUAUUGCUAUGUGUGGCCAGGACAGAAUGUGUCACUGUGACCUCUGAGUCUUUGAAGCGAGCACUUGAUGCCUGUCCUGGUUUCACACAUUUUUGUGAGGAUCAACUUGAAAUAUUAGAUAAAGAGGUUUGAAAAUGAGGACAAACUAUGAAAAUGUCAGAGUAGUCUUCUUAUAAGGCAUACAGAUUGAACCCCAUUGUGAGACUUCUUUAAACCUUUGAAAUAUAAAGAGAGGCCUCAGUUGCAGGGGCAACUUCUGUAACAGAAUCCAGUUCUGAAGAAAUCCCUGUUACCUCACAUGGGGUUCCAUUUGAAGUCAAUACAGUUAGCAAAUUGGCCCAGCAAUACAGACGGGUGGGCUUAGAAAUGAUUUUCCUAUUAUCCAGGCUUAAAUACGUAAGACCCUGUUGAAAUCUUGGAUUUUAUGCCUUUGGUCAUCAGAGUCAAUGUAAAUGCUGAAAAAUAAAUAACAACCUCCCAGUUCAGUGUCUUUGCCUCCUGGUGAAUAAUAUUUUAUGCUUAUUUAUUGGCAACGUUUCCAGUUAAUCACUUUACUCUUCAAAUGAAACAUGGAACCAUUAAGAGGUGGCUGUGACUUCUCCCACCGACACAGGUCUCGGGGCUCAGUUAUUACCAUUUCUGGGAGCUUGUGAGAUGAUUCGCUUUCGCCUUGGGAGUCCUACAGAUUCUUAGCAUUCCUUCAAGCCUGAUUCUCCCCUAAAGCCUUUUGAUUUGGAGAAUGUUCUGCAGUUUGUGUUUUAUAAUUAUUCUUUAUAUAGGAUUGAUAUUUAUUGAAUCUAGACUCUAUAAGUUACUUGGCAAUGUGAGACCAAGACCUUGGAGUUUACAAAUUGUAUUAAGUAAUAUUAUUGAUCACGGAAGCGCUACCAAAAAUAUAUAUAUUGACAACCUACUGUAAUAUAAUAUUUAAAGAUCAGCGUUGCUGCUAUUGUUGAUGUUAUUAGUUAUGUUAAGUGAAAAAAAAUGUAUAGAAAUUAAAUGUUUUAAUUUGAAGAUUUCUCUUCUAGAAUGUGGAUAUUGCACAUAUAUGUAUGAUACAUUUGGGUAUAUUUUAUAGAAAAUAAAAAUGACAAUCUUCUUUAUAAAGUGAAUGUAGCUUAUGUAUAUUACAACUGUUUUUGUUGUUGAUAAUGGAAUGAGUUUGAUUUUUUUUAAAAAAAACAUUUUUAUUAACUGAUCUCUAAACCUAUUACUUUAUUUUUAUUUUUUUACAAUUUUCAAAAGAUGUAUUUACCAGUAUGUGAGUUUUAGAGAUUGGUGUAGCAUUUUUUUAUUAUGCAGCUGUUAGAUGUUAAUUCUCCAGUAUUCUUAAAUAAAAUGUGCUCCACA